UGGUUGUGUCGCUGUGUACCAAUGAGAAAGCCAAAUACAGCGUUAGAUCUAUUGUCCCUCCUCCAUCACGGCUAGAGAUCAGAAUCAACCAGAGAAGCAAGCAGUGCCUCCGUUUAGGUUGUGGGGACCAGAUUAAACUCGCGACCUUGUACAUUCGUCAUUAGACUUUGCUGUACGUAAUUUGUGUUCAGACUGCAGUUUAAUUGACCACCGAGGCCUGGUUCAGGAAAGCAUUCAGUCCAGAACAAUGGCGAAUUUGCAGAGCAACGACGCCUCAGCAUUCAAAACGUUCGCUUUUAUUUUUCUGUUAAGUACACCAGGUUUGAUUUUUGGACAAAUUCGUUAUUCGUUCCCCGAGGAGCUGGAACCAGAUGCUUUAAUUGGGAAUAUCGCUAGGGGCUUGGGACUGAAUGCACGGCAACUGUCAGCUCGCAAAUUCCGACUCUCCUCUGAUGCUGGAAGCCAGUAUAUGAAGGUUAGUGUGGAUAAUGGCGAUUUAUCCAUUCGCGAGAGAAUCGACAGGGAACAUAUCUGUGGAGCAGUAGCUAGAUGUGUUCUUCCUUUUGAAAUGGUAGUAGAAAAUCCUUUCGAGAUUUAUCGCGGUGAAGUGGAGAUUUUGGACAUAAAUGAUAAUGCGCCCAGUUUCACGGAUAGCACCAUUACCCUACAGAUGGCUGAAUCAAUUGCACCAGGGGCACGCUUCCCACUCGAGAGUGCGCAGGAUCCGGACGUUGGGAUAAAUGCUGUCACCACCUACACACUCAGUUCUAACCAGCACUUCGGCCUAAAAGUGCAGACAACGGAGGACGGCGUUAAAAUUGUCGAAUUAUUGUUGGAGAAAGCUCUGGACCGCGAGCAGAAUCCGUCCUUUCAGCUUGUACUGACAGCUACUGAUGGAGGGACUCCUCCCAGGUCUGGUACCGUCCAGAUCCUCAUUACCGUAUUGGAUAGUAAUGAUAACUCACCAGUUUUCGAUCUUGCAAUUUACCGGAGUAGCUUAGCAGAAAACUCACCUAAGGGAACCUUGGUGACCAGGGUCAGCGCUACUGAUUUGGACGAAGGUUCGAAUGCUGAAGUAACCUAUUCUUUCAGCAAACUUGCCUCCCCACGGGUGAGAGAAUUAUUCCGUUUGAACCCCAGAACAGGGGAGAUCAAAGUGGAAGGAACAGUAGACUUUGAAAAAACAAACAGUUAUUCACUUGAUGUACAAGCUGUGGACAAAGGCUCACCUGCAAUUGCGGGACAUUCAAAAGUCCUUAUUAAGGUCGUUGAUGUAAACGACAACGCCCCCGAGAUAAAGGUGACACCUGUGUCCAGCACAGUCUCCGAGGAUGUUGCGCCAGGAACUUUGAUAUCUUUGAUCAAUGUAAUGGAUCAAGAUUCUGGUAAAAAUGGGCAGGUAAACUGUCAGAUUUCAAAGCUCGUCCCGUUUAAGCUUCAAGAAUCUUCUAGCAACCAUUACAAAUUGAUUUCCAACGGUUUGCUGGAUCGUGAAACAGUCUCUACUUAUGACAUAUUAUUUUUAGCCAGGGAUUCGGGGUCUCCACCACUAUCAACAAAUGUAACCAUCAGGAUUUCGGUUUCUGAUGUAAAUGAUAAUGCUCCUCAAUUUGCCCAAAUGUCGUACGCCGUGUAUGUGAUGGAGAACAAUGCACCCGGUGCCUCGGUUUUCACAGUCACUGCUCUGGAUGCAGACACGGACGGGAAUUCCUUUGUUUCCUAUGAUAUAAUGGCAAGCAAGGUCCAAGAUUUUCAAACAUCUUCUUUGAUCAAUGUUAACUCCAAUAAUGGGGACAUUUACGCACUGCGCUCUUUUGACUACGAGCAAAUGAAGAGCUUCCAGGUCCAAGUUCAAGCCCGUGAUUCUGGAGUUCCGCCUCUGAGCAGCAGUGCAACAGUCAAUGUGAUUAUCCUCGAUCAAAAUGACAAUGCUCCAGUCAUUGUUUCACCCUCUGCACAGAGUGGAUCAGCAGCGGAGGUGAUCGUGCCUCAGUCAGCCGGCCAGGGUUACUUGGUCACCAAAAUAAUUGCAACUGAUGCUGAUUCUGGUCAGAACGCUAGGCUGUUUUAUCAAGUCAUAAAAACCACUGAUCCCAGUUUGUUCACUGUCGGGCCUAACUCUGGAGAAAUCAGAACAGCCCGAGAUAUCUUGGAGCAAGAAGCGUCCAGGCAACGGUUAGUGGUAUCGGUGAAAGACAAUGGGCAGCCAAGCCUCUCCAGCACUAUUACAAUCCUCUUCUCAAUCUUGGCUAACGUUACUGAACGAUUCUCUGAAAGUAAAACCUUUGUCAGUAAUCCUGAAGAUAUAUCAGACUUAAAUCUCUAUUUAAUUGUGGCUUUAGGUUCAACUACCUUAAUAUUUCUCGUGACCAUAAUUUUCCUGAUUGGAAUCAAAUGUAAACAGGACAGAGGCAUCAUUGAAAACUACAGCUCGCCAGUAUGUUGCUGCACACGGGAGGAUUCAAAUUAUUCAUAUACUGAACGAUCUGUACCAACAGAUCCUUUAAAUUAUGCUGGUGUCGGCGAAAUUGGUCCCAAUGCUGAACCAUAUCGCUAUACAGUUUGCCUUUCUCCAGAAUCUUCCAAGACUGAUUUUUUGUUCUUGAAACCUUUUAAUUCAACUUUGCCACAAUACCUGAUGAAGGCAAGCAUGCUACGUUCUUCACCAACAAAUCCACUUGUUCUGUCAUUUUCAGGAAACUGCGAAACUGCACGCCUAGAUCACUCGAGUGCAGACGCUGCAAGAGAUCCAGCUCUCCUCUCUCCCCCUUUCAGAGAAACGCAAACACAGCUGAAGAAGGGACAGAGGGAGAACGAGCGAAAAACAGAUGCUGUGUUCACAUUUGCACUAUUCCGCCAUUUUCAGCAGUAUAAAUCUAGUGAAUUAUUCACAUUUCUCGGUUUAAUAUCAGCGACCGACAAAAUUGUGGAGCAACGUUCCUGGGAACUGGAACGCGGGGCCUUUGUUGGGAAGAUCGCGGAGGAUUUAAAGCUAGAAGCUUGGGAAUUGUCUGCUCAUAAAUGUCGGCUUGUGGCAAACGAGGAAAAACAGUAUAUUGAGGUAAAUCUGGAGGAUGGGAAUUUAUUUGUCAAUGAAAGAAUCGACAGAGAACAGAUUUGCAUGCAAAGCUCUACUUGUUCCCUUUCUUUUGAAUUAGAGCUUCAUAAUCCGUCGGAGAUGCAUCGAGUUGUCGUGGAAGUACUAGACAUAAAUGAUAAUUAUCCUCAAUUUUCCAAGGAUGAAUUUUCUCUGCAAAUCAGUGAGCUAAUUGCACCAGGGGCGCGGUUUCCUCUUGAGAGCGCGCGUGACCCGGAUGUAGGGACAAACACGAUCAGCACGUAUCAAAUCAGUCCAAACGAACAUUUCCGUAUUAUAGUGCAGACCAGAAGUGAUGGCAGUAAGAGUGCUGAGCUGAUAUUGGACAAGUCAUUAGAUCGUGAACAGCAGUCUGCCUUUCAUCUGACAUUGACAGCUAUCGACGGUGGAAUUCCUCCCAGAUCUGGCACGGCUCGAGUGAUUAUUAUCGUCGUGGACAUCAAUGAUAAUGUACCUUUAUUCGAUCGUGAAAUAUACAAGUCGACUAUAGCAGAAAACAGUGCUAAAGGCACCUUAGUUGCAACAGUUAACGCUGUUGAUUUGGACGAAGGUACGAAUGCUGAGGUAACAUAUUCUUUUACCCAUCACGUUUCCGAAAGGAUUCGCGGGUUGUUCACAUUGGAACCAAACAACGGAGAGAUUCGAGUUGAAGACGUAUUAGAUUUUGAAGAAUCAGCUGUUUAUGAACUUGCUGUACAAGCUGUAGACAAAGCUAUACCCGGACGAGCAGGAUAUGCCAAAGUUAUGGUUAAUUUAAUCGACCUAAAUGACAACUUCCCCGUGAUAGGCGUAACUUCAGUAUCCAGCACAGUUUCUGAGGAUACUGUACCUGGGACUGUAAUAGCUGUCAUCACUGUGACAGAUUUAGAUUCGGAGGAAAAUGGGAACGUUCAUUGUAAAAUUGCUACAGAUGUUCCAUUUCAACUGCAAAGGUCUUUCAGGAAUAAAUUUGAAUUGGUAACACGCGAUCAGCUGGAUCGUGAAAGAGUGUCAUUCUACAACAUAUCUCUCUCAGCUUGGGACGAGGGUUCUCCCACACUUUCAACCCAUAAAACAAUUUUGAUUGAACUUUCUGACAUCAAUGACAAUGCACCGAGGUUCACGCAAGCAUCAUAUAACGUUUAUCUGAUGGAGAACAACACUCCUGGUGCUUCUAUAUUUGCAGUUACCGCUUUAGAUUCUGAUACAGACAAGAAUGGUGACGUGGUGUAUUCUAUUUCGGAGAAUAGUAUGCAAAAGGGUCCUGGAUAUGUCACGAUUAACUCUGAAAAUGGUAAUAUUUACACACUUCGCUCCUUUGACUAUGAACAAUUGAAACAAUUCCAGAUUUAUGUUCAAGCCCAGGAUUUGGGCUCCCCCCGACUCAGUAGCACUGCCACCGUGCAUGUUAUUAUUUUGGAUCAAAAUGACAACGUGCCAGUUAUUAUCUCACCCCUAAUGUGGAACAGUUCAGUAUUACUGGAGAUUACACCACAGUUAGUACAUGUAGGAUACUUAGUUACCAAGAUAAUCGCCACUGAUGCCGAUUCUGGGCAAAAUUCACGGCUUUCCUACCAGUUUUUGGAGGACACUGAUUCCAGUAUGUUUAGUGUGGAUCGUCUAUCUGGAGAAAUUAGAGCAACACGAAAUAUCAGAGAACACGAAUUCGCUACAGAAAGAUUAAUUCUCCUUGUGAAGGACAAUGGACAGCCAAGUCUCUCCAGUACCGCCACAAUCUCCUUUAUAAUUGUAGCCAAUGUUACAGAAAAAUCUUCCGAACUAACUGACAAACCAAGAUCAUCGGAAUAUUUUUUGGGCGGAAAGCCUUUUAAUUUCUUCCUUUGUGUGUUGGACCUGGUUUUGGGACAAAUUGUUUACUCGAUUCCGGAGGAACUGGACCAUGUGGCCUUUGUCGGGAAUAUCGCGGAGGAUUUGAAACUGCGCGUUUCGGAAUUACAAAGUCGCAAUCUUCGGGUGGUCUCCGAUGAUAAAAAGGAAUAUGUGGAGGCACUGGAUCGUGAACAACAGUCCAGCUAUGACCUCGUCCUGAAGGCCAUCGAUGGUGGGGAUCCUCGCAGAUCUGCUACAGCUCGAAUUCUCAUUUCUAUAGUGGACAGCAACGAUAACGCACCUGUAUUUGAACAAGAAAUAUAUAGGAGCAGUGCAGCUGAAAACGCGCCUCUCGGUAAACUAGUGGUAGAAAUCAAAGCUGUUGAUUUAGAUGAAGGGACAAACGCUGAACUGUCAUAUCAUUUUACAAGUCACGUUUCCCAAAAAAAUCGCGAACUGUUUAAAUUGGAUUCCACGACGGGAAAAAGUGUAAUUCAAGUAGCAUUGAAUUUUGAAGAGUCAAGUGUUUUCGAACUUGAUGUUCAAGCAGUGGAUAACGCGCCUCCCUUUAUGGUAGGACGAGCCAAAGUUAUAGUCGAACUAAUUGAUGUUAAUGAUAACGCACCCAAGAUAAAAGUAACAUCUGUGUCCAGCACAGUUGCCGAAGAUGCGCAGGUUGGAACUGUGAUUGCUGUAAUCAAUGUAGCUGAUCUCGAUUCCGGACAAAAUUGUCACGUUUAUUGUGAAGUCCCCAUGAUUAUUCCAUUUAAGCUUCAGCUGGCUUUGAGAGACAAUUACAAAUUAAUCACAAGUGCUAUUCUUGAUCGCGAAACGACUCCUCUGUCCAACAUUACAAUUUCAGCGUGGGACGGAGGCACGCCCUCGCUAUCAACGCACAAAAACAUACUGGUCCCUGUUUCUGACAUAAAUGACCAGGCACCAAAAUUCACACAAUCGUCAUAUCACGUGUAUCUGAUGGAGAACAACACUCCUGGUGCUUCCAUAUUUACAGUUACUGCUUUAGAUUCUGAUAUAGACAAGAAUGGUGACGCUGUAUAUUCCAUUGCAGAAAAUUAUUUACCAAAGAGUCUGGGAUCUGUCACGAUUAACGCCAAAAAUGGUAAUAUUUACUCACUUCGCUCCUUUGACUACGAACAAUUGAAACAAUUACACAUCCAGGUUCAAGCUCGGGAUGAUCUGGUAUCUGGGCAAUUUCGCUAUUCAACACCCGAGGAAUUGCAGCCUGGAGCAUUUGUUGGGAAUAUUGCUGGGGAUUUAGGUCUAAAAGUUCCGGAAUUAUCGGCUCACAAAUUUCGGUUUAUCCCUGAUGAAACGAAACAGUACUUUGAGGUACUUUCAGUACUUAACGCCUUAGUCCAAGUUCGCUUCGCUCUCAAAAUGUUGACAAGAAGUGACAGUAGUAACAAUGCCGAAUUAUUAUUAAAAACAUACUGGGACCGUGAGAAAACGGCAAGCUUUCAGCUAGUUUUUGACGGGAAUAUACAGGGCAAGUGUGGUAGAAAUGUCGCCAAAGAUACCUUGGUCACAGCAACCAAUGCUCUUGAUUUAGCUGACGGCAUUAAUGCUGAGGUAAUUUACUGUUUCGCAAGCUACUUGCCCAAACGGAUACAUGAAUUGUUCACAUUGGACCCGGCAACUGGAGCGAUCAGAUUUCAAGGUGUAUUGGAUUUUGAAGAAUUACUUGUGCAUGAACUAGGUGUGGAAGCUGUUGACAAUGGUUUCUUCAGCAUGUCGGGAAAUGCUAAAAUUAUAGUCGGAUUAAUAGACAUGAAUGAUAACGCCCCUGAAUUUGACGUGACUUUGCUGUCCAGUACUGUGCCGGAAAAAUCUCCGCCAGGGUCCGUGAUAGCUCUCAUCAGUGUAAUAGAUUUUGAUUCUCGCGAACGUGGACAAGUUCAGUGUGAUUUUGAAGAACGGCUCGCUUUUAAUCUUCAAAUAUCUCUGAGGGACAACUGCAAAUUAGUGACUAGUUUUAUUUGGAUCGCGAAACCAUCCCCAUGUAGAGCAUAUCGAUUUCAGCCUGGGAUGGCGGGCCUCCUCCACUUUCAAGAAGUAUAUUUCAGAUUUUUAAAAUACUCUUGGGAUAACAAAAUGGCGAAUACACCGACGAGCGAAGCGCUUUUUAUUUUCUUGUUCAGUGCCUGCUAUCUGGUUUCGGGGCAAAUCCGUUAUUCAAUUCCGGAGGAGAUGGAGCACGGAGCCUUUGUUGGGAAUAUCGCUGAGGAUUUAAGGCUAAACAUUUGGGAAUUAUCGGCUCGCAGGUUUCGGCUGGUCUCCGAUUACAUAAGGCAAUUUAUAGAGAUAAAUUUGGAAAACGGCAAUUUAUUUAUUAAUAAAAGAAUAGACAGAGAACAGCUUUGUGGGCAAAAUCCCACCUGCACCCUUGCUUUUCAAAUAGCGCUCAAUGACCCCAUGGAAAUGCAUCCUGUCGCAGUGGAGAUAAUCGACGAAAAUGAUAAUUCGCCCAGUUUUGAGAAGGCAGAAUACUCGUUGCAGAUCAGCGAGUUAAUUGCAGCAGGAGCGCGUUUCCCCCUCGAGAGCGCGCACGAUCCAGAUGUGGGCACAAAUACAAUCAGCACUUACCAGAUCAGUUCAAAUGCGCAUUUCGCUGUCAGAGUGCAGUCGAUGAGAGAUGGGAGUAAAAAUGCAGAGCUGCUAUUAGAGAAGCCAUUAGAUCGUGAGCAGCAGCAGACAUUUCACCUUGCACUGACGGCCAUUGAUGGUGGGGUUCCUCAUAGAUCUGGCACAGUACAGAUUAUCAUUACUGUGGUAGAUGCUAACGAUAACCCACCAAUAUUCGACCAAGAAAUCUACAGGGCAAAAGUACCAGAAAACGCCGAAAAAGGUACGUUGGUCAUAAAACUUGAAGCUGCUGAUUUGGACGAAGGCACUAACGCUGAACUGACAUAUUCUUUCACUAAUCAUGUUAAUAAAAGGAUUCGCGCGUUGUUCCACUUGCACCCGAAAUCUGGCGAAAUCAGCGUUCAAGGUAAAUUGGAUUUUGAAGAAUCGCCUGGUUAUGAUCUUGACAUACAAGCUGUCGAUAAUGCUCCGCCUGGAUUGUCUGGCCGUUGCAAAGUUGUAGUUGAUAUAAUUGAUAUUAAUGAUAACGCGCCCGAAUUAGACGUGACUUUGGUGUUAAGUGCCGUACGGGAAGACACUCCUCCGAGGACUGUGAUAGCAGUGAUAAGUGUAACGGAUCACGACUCCAGCGAAUACGGCAACGUUCAGUGCCAGAUUCAAGAAAGUAUUCCGUUUAAGCUCGAAAAUCCUGUGGCGAACACUUACACGUUGAUUACAAGUGACGUUCUCGAUCGGGAAACGGUACCAAUCUAUAACAUCACCAUUUCAGCCUGGGACGGAGGUUCACCUCCUCUAGCUACAAGCAAAAUCUUUACAGUUUCGGUAACCGAUGUAAAUGACAACGCACCGAGGUUUACACAAUCCUCAUAUAACGUCUAUCUGAUGGAGAACAACACUCCAGGCACUUCUAUAUUUGCUGUAACUGCGCUAGACGUUGAUUUGGGUAGAAAUGGAGAAAUAUCCUACUCUAUUCUGGAGAGUAAAGGGCAAGAACAUUUGGCGUCUGUUUACGUUACGAUUAAUUCCAAAUCUGGGAACAUAUAUCCGCUGCGCUCCUUUGAUUACGAGGAACUGAAGCACUUCAAGAUCCAAAUUAAAGCUCAAGAUGCUGGAUCGCCACCACUGAGCAGCACUGCCAAUGUCACUGUGAUAAUUUUAGAUCAAAAUGAUAAUGCUCCGGUUUUUACUUCUCCUUUGACGUGGAACGAUUCAGCCAUAGUGGAGAUUUCGCCUCAGUCAAUAAUUCCAGGUUACUUGGUCACCAAGGUUCAGGCAACAGAUGCUGAUUCUGGCCAGAACGCACGGCUUUCCUACCAAUUAUUGGAGGCUACUGAUUACAAGUUGUUUACUGUAGGCCUUCUUACUGGCGAAAUUAGAGCAACAUUGCACGCAAACGGCAAAGACAUGACAACGGAAAAACUGGUCAUCUGCGUGAAGGACAAUGGACAGCCGAGCCUCUCCAGUACGGCCACAAUCGUAUUUUCAAUUUUGCCUAAUAUUACAGAGAAACCUUUGGAUAGAACUGACAAACCUUUGCCGUUGGAGUACUUACCUUAUCUAAAUCAUUAUUUGAUCAUCAUUUUAGGAUCGACUUCCUUUCUGUUUCUUAUAACAAUUAUUCUUCUAGUCAUUUUCAAGUUGAAGCAAGACAGAAGUGUCAAUGAAAACGACAACUCGACUGCAUGUUGUCACAAACGUAGGAAUUCGGCAGAUGUCGGUAAUCGGGGAUACGCAACAAACGAGCCAAUUAACUAUACUGUGCCUUGUCAGACUGAAGGGUAUCGUUACACAGUGUGUUUAUCACCUGAAUCAUCGAAAAGUGAUUUUUUAUUUCUAAAACCCUGUCAUCCUACUUUGCCUUUGAACAGCAUGGGUAGUCAGCAAACCGGGACAAGAAAAUGUCAGAAUGUACGGCUUUCAUAUGAAAUGUUGGACGUGGCUGAUCACCAUCUAUUUACCGUAGGCUUUCUGACUGGAGAUGUAAGAGAAACUCGACGACUACAAGGCUCAAGGUUCGUUGUCUGCCUCUCCUGUUACGUGUUAGUAUAUAUUCCCGUGGUAAGACGGUAUAAAAAGCAAGACUGGACGACAUAUCGACAUUUUUACGUCAACAUUCGCCCGAGAACAAUGACAAUACUACGCAGGACAUCUUUCGUUUUGCUGCUUUGGACAUCAAACCUGGUUUUGGGACAAAUUCGCUACUCGAUUCCCGAAGAGAAGGAGCACGGUGCUUUUGUUGGCAAUAUCGCUAAGGAUUUAAAAUUAAAUCUUUGGGAAUUAUUGUCUCGUAAAUUUCGGCUCGUCUCUGAUGAAAGAAGGCAGUACAUGAAGGUAAAUAUGGAAGAUGGGGUGUUGUUUGUGAAUGAGCGGAUCGAUAGAGAGCAGAUUUGUAAGCAGCGCUCUAUCUGUUCUCUUUCUUUUCAAUUAGUGCUUGAUAAUCCUCUGGAAAUACAUUCGGUUGCAGUGGAAAUACUAGAUAUAAAUGAUAAUUCUCCCAGAUUUCCGAACCCUGAAUUUCUUCUGCAAAUCAGUGAGUCAAUUUCAGUAGGAGCGCGCUUCCCUGUCGAGAGCGCGUAUGACCCGGACGUCAGCACGAAUACAAUUAACACUUACCAGGUCAGUCCGAAUGACCAGUUUGGCCUCAGAGUUCAGACACGGACUGACGGGACAAAAAGUGCCGAGUUGAUAUUGGAAAAGCCCUUGGACCGUGAACAACAGUCGUCCUUUCACCUUAUACUGUCCGCUGUUGACGGUGGGAUACCGCUGAGAUCUGGAACAAGCAGGAUAUUGAUCACUGUACUUGACGUCAAUGAUAAUGCACCUGUAUUCGAUCAUGAAACAUACAAAUGCACUAUAGCGGAAAACUCCCCCAAAGGGACCUUGGUGAUAACCGUACACGCUACUGACAUUGAUGAAGGUAAGAAUAGUGAACUGAAGUAUUACUUCACCAGCCACGUUUCCCAAAAUAUUCGAAAUUUGUUCAACUUGGACCCAGAAACUGGAGAGAUUACAGUUCAAGGAGUACUGGACUUUGAGGAAUCAAAUGUUUAUGAACUUGAUGUAGAAGCUGUGGACAACGCUGAUGCAGGUAUGGCGGGACUUACAAAAGUUAUGGUUGAACUAAUAGACACAAAUGACAAUGCCCCAGUAUUGGAAGUGACAUUGGUGUCCAGUACGGUGCAGGAAGAUGCCCCUCCAGGUACAGUUGUAGCACUGAUCACUGCUAUAGAUUCAGAUUCUGGAGAAAAUGGACAUGUAGAAUGUCACAUUCCAGUAGAUAUUCCGUUCAAACUUCAAAGAACAUCGAGAAACGGCUACACUUUGGUUACAAGUGAUAAGUUGGAUCGUGAAACUGUCCAGACAUAUAGCAUUGACAUUUCAGUCUGGGACGGAGGAUCUCCCUCUCUGUCAACAAAUAAAACCCUCUUAGUGUCCAUUUCCGACAUUAAUGACAAUGCGCCGAGAUUCACACAAUCGUCAUAUAAUGUCUAUUUGAUGGAAAAUAACACUCCGGGUGCUUCUAUAUUUGCGGUCACUGCUUCGGAUCCAGAUUCGGGCCAGAACGGAGAGAUAAUCUAUUCUAUUCUGAACACUCGCAGUGGAAGCGUACAGAGAACUUCGUAUGUUACCAUCAGUUCUAAACAUGGGAUCAUUUACGCCCUGCAUGCCCUUGAUUAUGAAAAGUUGAAACAUUUCCAGAUCAAAGUUCAAGCUCACGAUAAUGGGUCUGUCAAACUGAGCAGCACUGCCUUCAUAAAUGUCAUUAUCUUGGAUCAGAAUGACAACGCUCCUGUUAUUGUUUCACCUUUAACGUGGAACUGCUCAGCAUCAGUAGAAAUUCUGCCACAAUCAGUAUAUCCCGAUUAUUUGGUCACCAAAUUAAUCGCGACUGACACCGAUUCUGGUCAGAAUUCACGGCUUUCUUAUCACUUGCUGGGGGCUAAUUAUCCCAGGCUUUUUACUGUGGGGCUUCGGUCUGGGGAAAUUAGAGCAACACGGCGUUUAAGUGAGGAAGAAAUUAGCGCAGCAAAGCUGAUAGUCUUCGUGAAGGAUAAUGGAGAACCAAGUCUAUCCACUACCGUAACACUCUCAUUUAAUAUUUUAUCAAAUCUUACGGAGAAUUCGACACAAAGAACUGAGGAAUAUGGACAGUCGAAAAAGUUUUUUUCCAAUCUUAAUGGUUACUUAAUUAUUAUGUUAGGAUCAACUUCCCUUUUGCUUUUUGUAACCAUAAUUGUUCUGGUUAUCCUGAAGUUUAACCAAGAUAGAAAUGCUGUAGACAACGGUCGCACAGUUUUUUGUUGUUCAAAUCGGACUUUGAAUGAUACCUUUAAUCGUACGCCUGCACCAAACGAAGCAUUUAAUUAUACCCAGUCUGCUCAAACUAAAGGUUAUCGCUAUGCUAUAAGUUUAUCUCCGGAGUCAUCAAAAAGUGAUUUUCUCUUUCUAAAGCCCUGUAAUCCUCCAUUGCAUUUCAAUGAUUUGGAUAGAUCAGACAUAAAAUCAGAAGUCGUUGUCAGGCACGUCACUUUACUGACCCUGCUAAGUAUGUUUUAUGGAUCACCAAAUUCAGUUUCAAAGCUUCUCGUGACACAGGCAACUAUUCUGAUACUUCAUUUCCUGAUUUCAACAUUCAGAGCCUGUCAGACUGAAAUUCAAACUUUUAAUAACCAUCAGGGUGCCUUGGGAACGGUGCAACAUUUUGAUUAUGUGUGUACUGGGCAUUCGUUGGCUCAUCGUUUUUUUAUAUUCUUUUUCUGUGCAUCGGACCUGGCAUCGGAGCAGCUUCUCUACUCCAUCCGGGAAGAACAGGAGCGCGGGGCCUUUGUUGAAGAUUUAAGAUUAAACGUUUGGGAUUUAAAGAAUCACAAGUUUCGGCUGAUUUUUGAUGACCCAAAAGAAUACAUGGUUACCAAUGUGGAAAAUGGUUUCUGAUGUGUUAAUGAAAGAAUUGACAGAGAACAACUUUCUAGUAAAACUGCUGCGUGUUCCCUUUCUUUCCAAAUUGCGCUCGACAAUCUUUUGGAAACGUAUCGCGUUGCAGUGGAAAUACUAGAUGUAAAUGAUAAUUCACCAUUUUUUUUGAACAAGGAACGCUACCUGCAAAUCAAUAAGUUAAAUGCGCACGGCGCGCGCUUCCCUCUCGAGACUGCGCGUGAUCCGGAUGUAGGUACAAAUACAAUUAACUCAUACCAGAUCAGUCCAAACGAGCAUUUUGGUAUUACCGCGCAGACAAGAAGAGAUGUGAGUAAAAGUGCGGAGCUGGUAUUAAAGAGGUCUUUGGACAGUGAGCAACAGUCAAUGUGUACUCUGGUGUUGACGGCCACCGACGGUGGGAUUUCGCAGAGAUCUGGCACAGCGCGGAUCAUCAUUAACGUCAUUGACGCAAAUGAUAACGCACCCCUUUUCGAUCAUGAAACUUACAGGGCGACGGUGAUGGAAAACAUCGCGAAUGGCUCUCUGGUGCUAAAGGUUCAUGCUGUUGAUAUGGAUGAAGGAAGAAACGCUGCGGUAGCAUAUUCUUUCACCAAUUAUGUUUCCCAAAAUGUUCGCGAAUUGUUCAAAUUGGACUCGGUGACUGGAGAGAUCAUGAUUCAAGGAAUACUGGAUUUUGAGGAAAUAACUGCUUACGAACUUGACGUCCAAGCCGUGAUCUACGCUCCACUUGGAUUGUUAGCUCGUAUGAAUGUUGUGGUCGAUGUCAUUGAUACUAACGAUAAUUACCCUGUGUUGCAAGUAACAGUUUUGUCCAGUGUUGUGCAGAAAGAUGCUCUUGCAUGGACUGUGGUGGUUCUGAUCAGCGUAACGGAUCGCGAUUCUGGCAAAUACGGAGAAGUGCAGAGCCAAAUUCCAGAGAAUAUACAGUUCAGGAUCGAAAAAUCUUUGAAGAACAACUAUAAAUUGGCUACCAAUGGCUUUCUAGAUCAUGAAAAUACGCCACUAUAUAACAUCUCCGUUUCAGCCUGGAACGGAGGGGCCUCUCCUCUUUCAGUAAGUAAAUUCAUCUUGAUUUCGGUAACUGAUGUCAAUGACAACGCAACACGUUUUACACAAGCGUUGUAUAACGUGUAUCUAAUGAAGAGUAAUACACCCGGCGCUUCCAUAUUUGCUGUGAGUGUAAAUGAUGCUGAUUUUAAUCAGAAUGCGGAAGUCUCUUAUUCUAUUCUCGACAACCAAAUGCAAGAAAUGAUUAUGCAAUUAUCAAUGAGCAUUCCUUUAAGAAUGGUUGCAGUUAUUGGGGGAAACUCUUCGUGUCGCUGUCUACCAAUAAGAAUUCGAGACGUUGUGAGAGAUCGACCGCCUCCUCCGUUAGACAAACAGAACGAAAAGGAUAGUCGGUUUGUGCGUUGCUCGUCUGCAGUCACAGCAAUAACGCUUCUCCGGUGGUAUACCUGCGGUUAUUAA